GUAUUCCGUGCAGGGCCUCUAAAGAGGUCGGGUCGGCGAGCUCACGCUACCCUAAAAGCGCUGCGCCUGCUUCUGGAGUCCCCCCUCCUCCGCUCCUUCUCGCCUUCGAUCUCUCGGCAAUCUUUUUGGAUGGUGGGCGAUUCUCUGAAGCCAUACCCCUUCCCUCCAUCCAACAAGAGGGAAUUCUUUGCUGGCGUAGCGAUCACCGCUUCCUUCUUGGCUGCCUCGUGCUCCUCUGCCUCCCCCUUCUCCUACUGCAUGCAGGGCUGGCACUAUCGCUGCCUCGGCCUUGACCCCUAAGUUAUCCUUCUCAAUCCCUUUGAAUUUCUGCUGAUUUUCUCGUUCUAGCGGUAGCAGUUUGCAGAGCACGAUGGCUCUGCCCCGGAACGUAGUCGAGAAGGAUAAGAAGCAGAGGAAGAAGAAUAAUGGAAAGAAGGGGGAUAGCAAUCGGAUCCUUAUUACGGUAAAUGUUAUCGGUAGCGCUGGCCCGAUCCGGUUUGUGGUGAAGGAGGAGGAGCUCGUCUCUUCCGUUAUCGGCACCGCGCUCAAGACGUAUGCGCGUGAGGGACGCCGACCCGUUCUCGGAUCAGAAAUUGAUUGCUUCGUACUUUACCACGCCUACGAUGGAACCCGUGCUCUGAGCCCGUGGGAACCGAUCGGCUCCUUCGGGAGUAGGAAUUUCUUGCUGUGCAAGAAACAGAUGCUGGCCAGUGACAGUUCUUCGACUCCUGAGGGGGAGAUCGGGAAGAAAGGCACGGGUGGAUGGAAGGCCUGGUUCAAUAAGUCCCUCGGUUUGAUCUCUUCUAAUUGAGCUGUGUUUUGUUGAUUUCUCUUGGAGGAGAGGUGGGAGAUUUGCUGUAGUUUCUCUCUGAGUACCCUUUUUUUUUUCUCUUCUAAAUCUCGGCGUCGUAGCUAGUUUGCUUUUCCUAAACGAUUUUGUUGAGGUUGAUAGCCAAGACUCGGCCUUUAAUUUUUCCUUCAAACUUUUGAACUUGGCUUUUUAAUUUCGUUUUUUGACAAUAUUCGUGGCCAUUUGGAAACUGUAUUACUUAUUAUUUGUCAGUUUCAAAUUGUGGUAGCUUAGAUUU